AUGAUGAAACCUGAGCACUUUUCGGAAUGGGCAGGCCGUGUUGUUCAAGCCAUUAAAAAAUGCCAACACGACGAGGCAACCACCAGCACUUGGGACCUUUCCUUGUGGGAGUUUCAAGACGACAACCGGACGCUUCCUUGUCUUUUCCAUCCAUCUGUAUUUGAAAAUUACAAAAAGGCAGUGGAUGAUGAUUCAAAGGGUGACCGUGAAGAAAAUGAGGUUGCGCUAGAGGAUGAAGAUAUCAUACCGGACGAACAAGCGAUUGCACUUCCACAAGAAUUCACAACGAUGGAAGAAAAGCGCAUACGAGUGCAAUGGAAUUUCAGCAUUGUUUACAGUGACACAUAUGGCGUGCCCGUGUUAUACUUUCGAGUUCAGACCUUGGAUGGGUCCCCUUGUGAACGAUCCAGGAUAUUGGAAUGGCUCCCAGACCAGUCGAUUGACGACAGCUGGGACUUUAUUUCUCAAGAAGAGCAUCCAAUUAAUGGGCUUCCAUCCUACUUUCUCCAUCCAUGCCAAACUUCCAGUAGACUGAAAGAUCUCUUGCAAUCAACAAGCCAAAAUGCAUCCAUACUAUGGGCCUGGAUGUCCAUGAUAUUCCCGGCAGUGAAUCAUCCAAUUCCUCCUUCCUUUUACAGAGAUAUACGAUCAGAGCUAGACGAAUCGUAG